AUGAUCGCCAUAGGACUGGAAGGAAGCGCCAACAAGAUAGGUGUCGGUGUCAUCUCCCACCCUGGCCCUAACCAGCCACCGAUUAUUCUCGCGAACCUGCGGCAUACCUAUGUUUCCCCGCCCGGCGAAGGCUUCUUGCCCAAGGACACCGCAAUACAUCACCGAGCAUGGGUCGUGAGGCUAAUCAAGCAGGCUGUGCGUCAAGCGGGAGUCAAAAUUGAAGACAUCGAUUGCAUAUGCUACACCAAGGGCCCAGGUAUGGGUGCACCAUUACAAAGCGUCGCGCUUGCAGCCAGGACAAUCAGUUUACUGUGGGGGAAGCCCAUGGUGGGCGUGAACCACUGCGUUGGUCACAUCGAGAUGGGCCGCUCAAUAACCCGCGCCGAUAACCCUGUGGUCCUAUACGUAUCUGGUGGCAACACACAAGUCAUUGCUUACUCCGCCCAACGGUAUCGCAUCUUCGGUGAGACCUUGGAUAUUGCCAUAGGAAACUGCAUCGAUCGAUUCGCCCGCACACUUAUGAUACCCAACGACCCAUUUCCCGGAUACAAUGUUGAGCAACUGGCAAAACAUGGCAAGAACCUCGUCGAUCUACCAUAUGGCGUCAAAGGCAUGGAUGCGAGCUUUUCGGGAAUAUUGGCUGCAGCCGAUCUCCUCGCGCGCGGACUAGACGAGUCAUUACCCGACGAGAAGAGAUUAAAGACUGAAGAUGGACAGCUGGUCACAAGAGCAGACAUGUGCUUCUCACUGCAAGAGACCAUCUUCGCUAUGCUUGUCGAGAUCACCGAGCGAGCCAUGGCACAUGUUGGCUCACAGCAAGUGCUAGUCGUGGGCGGCGUGGGCUCGAACAUGCGUUUACAGCAAAUGAUGGGCAUGAUGGCAAGAGACAGAGGUGGGAAUGUGUUUGCAACAGACGAGAUGUUUUGCAUUGAUAACGGCAUCAUGAUUGCUCAUGCUGGCUUAUUAGAGUAUGGAACUGGAGUUGAGACGGAGCUGAACGACACGACUUGCACCCAGCGGUUUAGAACUGACGAGAAUGAACAAAGCUCGAUAUCGCAAGCGUCCCGUCAGGUACAGCAGCUUCAACAGAAGAACGAGGCACUCGCACGCGGACUCGCCACAUGUCAAGCUCAUAUUGUUCAGCUCGAAGGGCGACCGACUACUAAGCAAUAUGAUGAUAUCGCCGCAGCGCACGCGCUUGCUAGAGAACGCGUCGACGCUCUGACCACGAAGGCAGAUGCAUUAUCUGGCACAUGUAACCACAAAGAAGCCGUCAUCACCGCCCAGGACUGCGAGAUCGCCGAACUUCUACAGGAUCAGGAAGCCAUCAUCACCGCACGAGACUGCGAGAUUACCGAAUUUCUACAUGAUCAGGAACGAGACAGGAGCGCUCUUGAUACUUUACGCGGAAAGCGCCGAGCGGACCGUAAGACCAUAGACGAUUGGUCACGAAGCAUCGCCGAACUGGAGGCGACAACCCACGAGCAGUCAAGCACUAUUGAUAUGCUUCGCAAGGACAAUAGUUGUUUGGAAGCUAAAGUCCACGGCUUAUCCAAAUUCAUCACCGAGAAAGAUGAGGAGCUAGCACGGCUGAAGCUAGCUCUCGACGCAGCCACUGCCAUGAACGGAAACCAUGCCGCCCUACCCAUAGGCAGCGACGCAAUUGCUUGCAAUUGCAAAGCCAACAUGGUGAAGCAAACCAGUACAUAUCGAAAGCUUUCCGACCAUUUUGCGGAGAAAAGCAAACUCUGGGAAGAUACCGAGGAGAAUGUCAAGCGUGCAGCCCUCAUCGCCCAAGCGGAGACUCGUAACAACCACGCAAACUGGGUGCAGAUCUUACAGAAGAAAGACGCCGCCAUCGCUGGUCUAGAGACUACACUAGACGCAGCAAUGGCCAAAGGAGACCUAGCCAAGCAUACCCAGCAUGCCAUCAAGACGCAUCAAGCCUUGCGUAAGAAGAACGCAGCAUUGAGCAAAGACAACAAGGACUUGAAGACGGAUGUACAGAACCUACUCGAUGUCAACCAGUCGAAUGCAGAUCGACUGACCGCGUAUUUAAAGAAGUUAGAGACGCUGCAGGACGAACGGAUAGAUGCGGUCAACCAAGCUGCGCAGCUUACUGACCAACAGACGAAGCUUACCAAGUACGCUUCGGAUUUGCAGAAGGUCAUCGCUUCUGCAGCCGCCAAGGUAAAUCAGGAAGAUGUCUCCAACAUUGCAGGCUGCGUUCCACGAGCCACUGUUAACGGCAUCGUGGCAGAGGCUAUAGCGGAUUACUACGCGCAGGCAGAACAACUUCGUGCUCAGCUUCAGCAGGAGCAAGAGACACGUCGACACAUUCAAGCCAAAUUGGACCAGUGUGAUAAGGAUCUCUUCACAUACCAGACCGAGGAGCAAGAUUGCUUAGCGAAGGUAGCUGGGCUUGAACGCAAAGUGCAGUCACUGAAAGCACAGGAAAAGAUUCUCGAAGACCAAAUCCAGAACUGUCAUGCCUUGGUCAGCGCUACACACACCACCAGUAGCCCACAUGCUUUCGAAAUGCAUCGCCUGAUCCUCACCCAGAUUCACCCACUCCAAACAGAGAACAGGAAAUUCAUCGCCGAGAAUCACAAACUCCUGAAAGAUGUUGAUAGGUUCAAGCUUGAGGCGCUCGAUACACGCGCCAAGUGUGAAUGCAGGAUCGACAACUACCGCGCAUGGUACAAAGACUUCGAGAUGCAUUACUGGCACGUCGCAGUCGUCGAGCGUGAUAGCUUGCACGAUGAACUUGCGUAUUGGAAGAAGAAGUGUGGCAAAGAACACUUUUACUGCUCCACGGCUUCUAGCCGCUUAGUUCACGACAGACGCUUGCUACAGUUUGCGCUACGAGAAGACCACGGCCUCACCAAGAGCAUGCUGCCCAAGGAGUACUUCGAUCCAGACUUUCUCAAGGGCUGCCACUCAGCAGUCGAACUGGCUCUGCGCAAGCUCUGGCCGGACUUUUGGCAGUAUUUGGAAGGACAUGCCGCGUGGGUGCCACUCACGGUUCCUCUACUCACGGGCGAGGGUGAGAUCGUCAUGGAUGAGGCUACUCGUGCGGCGUCGAACGCGCGCCUCGCGGAGUUCAAGAAGGAACUUGAACAGCUGGACGAAAAGCUAGAAGAGGCGCAUCGCAAAAUGUUCGACAUUGACGAUGGGUCGGACAGCAACGAGGAAGAGAAGACCGACGAAGAAGAUGAUUCCGACGGUAGUAAAGAACAAAUCGGCACGCCUUGCAAUACCCCAGGCUCGCACGACACGGAUGGUACGUCACCGCCUUCUAGCAAGCGCAGAUCACAUGAGCGAGGAGACCCGAACGAUAGCACGAAGGCUGACGGUUGCCAUCCUGAUGAUGGCCAAAAUCCCACAGCGAUCGGAGGGGAAGAGGCGCGGGAGUUUGAUGAGCUACCUGCAUUUGCAAAGACGAUGCUUGCGCGCAUCAGCGCUCACGAAGCCGAGAAUGAGCAACUUGCCGGUUACGUCGCUGACGAAGACAUCGAUCAAGACGCGUUCCUAGCGCAGUAUGGUCAGGGUAUUACGGGUUCUCAAGACGGCAAUCUACCUAACUCGACCGAGCCUAUUCAAGUCGCUGCGCCCGUCGAAGAAAUAAGCAUCGACCGCCUGGACGUGAACGGUGAUGACGAGCGUACUCUUGAGCAACGAGUCGCUGAGGAAUACGUGGAGGGUGGGCACAAUACGUUUUCUGAAGGGGAGUAUGAUGGCUUUGAUGAUGGGAUGAAGAAGAAGUAUCGCGAGGCUAUUGUAGAAGCCGUGGUCGAGGGCCUGGACUGA